AUGUGGACGCCAGUACACCUGCGUGUGUUCAGGUAGUCCUCGGUGUGGAGAGGAGAGGAGACAGAGUGCAGGUGAUAUUCACAGGGGAAUAUGUAGACUAUGGGUGUGAUUAUCCAGAGAUCUAUUGAAAAACAUCUGAAUCACUCGUGAUGAAGAAUAGCUAAAAUGCUCAAAAAUUAAAAUGAUCGCUGUGCUUUUUUGUGUUUAUAAUUACUGUCGUUCGUUUUAAGUUAAUGUUUCUUUUACAAUAUAGGCCUGUUGUCAUUUAGGAAUAUGGCAUUUCUACGUUUAGUGAUUUUCGCAGCAAUAUCUGUAAACUGUGCUAAUGGAAAUUCGAUACAUAGUUCAAAUGAUUCGACCAUUCGGCUAGAUCCCCUGUCGGUGGAACCUCGCACGGAUUUUAUUCAUAUUUCUAACACAGGACCUUUGCGUUUGGAACUCUCCAACACGGGUGAAUCUGACUCGAAUAUAUCUAAUAUGACAGGACUUUCAAAUAUUGGAAUCUCCAGCAUCCAUUCGUCUAGUCAAGUACCAGGUUUGAAUCACUCGGGCGUUUUUCUGUCAGGCCUUGGAGACAUUUCGAACUCAGAAUCGCCUCAGAAAAGUGUUCCAGAAGACAAAGAGAAACAGACGUGUUGCAGUGCAAUGCCGUCUAUAUGCAACGACAAAGGUCAGUGCGCCUUGGACAUGACAACGUGUGUGAAACUGUGUUUGUGCGUGACUGGGAUUCGCGGUGCGUGGUGUCACGAGAUUCUCAACAGCCUCGCGCGAGAGUCGGCAGAAACGAACAGGCCGGAAGCCACCGACUUGUCUCCCUUUGCCGUACAGCCGUCUGCCAAUACAACGGAUCCUACCGAUUCACAUUCCCUGACAACUACUGCACAUCCACCCACAAACAACCACACAGUUAUGCUUAGCACCGACAUCACAUACAAUUCGACAGGCAGCACACAUUCCGCGAAUUCGUCCCAUCGCAUAUCUGGCGUUCCUGAAUCUAAUAACACGUCCCAGCUGUCAACAGGAGCGACGGGUUUCCAAACACACGAGAAUGCCACCAAUCUGACCGAACAGUAUCGUCUUCCAAAACAAACCCGUUCAGACCGCGGAGAAGCCGACCUCUUCGAUCAGGCAAUCAAGCAGACGACCCCGCGGACACCUUUUACUCAUUUGACCUCUGACCCAAACUCCAACGAUUCAUCGGUUGAGUCAGAGGUUCAUGCGACACCAAACAAGAGAGAGAAUUCGUCCUUUGCUUCCACACUACUAUCAACAGCUACGGAUCAUCCUUUUAACAUUAAUCAUUUCUUCCGUUCCUUCGUUACCGACAUGCCGAAUGAGAUUGCCUUGCCAACGUUGUCUUCUGUCGACAACGACGACGAUGACAGCAGCAGCAACAACAGCAACAACGGUAAUCACGACAAAUCUCACCCUUGCGCUAACUGCCCUGGUGUUUGUCGACUCGUCUUUCCGUCGUACGAGCUGAUCUGCGAGGAAACCAAGGUGGACAAAUGUAAAAACUUCGACUGCGGCGACCACGGCACCUGCGUCGAGUCGAACGUCACCAGCCUUGUCAGUUGUCGCUGUGACGGCAUGUACACGGGAACCUUCUGCGAGCACUUUUGCGACCUCGACUGCGGCGACAACGGCAAAUGCAGCAUCAUCAACAAUUCAGCCAUUUGUGUGUGCGACUGGAACAACACUGGGGAAUUCUGUGAAUUACUGAAGACUACAGUGGCGCCGGAAGUUAGAGCGCUGAGUGGAUAUUCGCAACCUUCCCCCUGGAACCUCCUUGGCAUUGGACUGGCUCUGUUUUUGGUCGUGGUAAUCAUAUGUCUCGUGUUACCGUACUGGACCUGGCGUCGGAGCUGGCUGCCCAUGAGAAAACUGGUGCACUACUUCCAAUCAUAUGAAGACGACGAUGGGAAACUCUAUGACGCGUUUGUGUCGUACAAAGGCUCUAAAGAAGAUGAGUACUUCGUCGUCCACAAACUCUACCCCAAGCUGGAGAAGGAACUGGAUUUCAAGCUGUGUCUGCACUUCCGGGACUUCCCGCCUGGAGAAACUAUUGCUGACAACAUUAUCCACGCGAUAGAAAACAGUCGUCGCACCAUCUUGAUCCUCAGUCCGAGUUUCGUGGAAAGCGAGUGGUGCCGUCUGGAAUACCAGAAAGCCCAACAGGAGAUGCUCAAACUCAAACAUAAAAUCAUUCCCAUAAUGCUUCAGGAUAUCACUGACGUGACGAAUGUUGAUAAGAAUUUAAAGCAAAUCAUUAACACGGUGACCUUUAUCAGGUGGCCUGGGGAGGAGGUGGAGAAGAGAGUUGAUAAAUUCUGGCAGCUGAUGCAGUGCUCCAUGCCGAAGAAGAAAACGGAUACGGCCGGGUCUGAGAGUUCUCUCGGGAGUUGUUCUAGUCAGAAACCGCUGACGUCAGCGACAGAAUCGUGCUGUUUGGACACACUUUCUGAUGACGUAUUUUCCUCCAGUGAUUCGACGUCAUCGCAUGAGAAUAAUGACAAACAGGACAUUACUUCAAAGACAAUUAGUAAUUCAAACAACUCAAAACAAAAAACGGAAACUACCGCGUCUGGUAAUCAGGUACAAAUUACCACACUGUUCAUUGAAAAUGAAACCGAAAAUACAAACUCUAAAUCAAAGAAGCAUGAUAUUGACAAUCUAACAAAACCGGCUUAUUCAAAGUCUUUGAUACAAAGUAAAAAUACAAACUCGGCCAAUAGAACGUUACAACUAAGUAAAGACAGAGACGAAAAUGUGAUACAAAUCGAAAGACUUCCAGGAAAUAAAUUAAAAGCGUGGAAGGUGUACUCGAACAGUUCGUCAAAUACCACUGAAAGCUAUUCCUAGAGAUAGUUAUUAUAUUACCUGUGUAUAAUUAAUAUAUGUAGAUGUGAGAUUAUAAUAUGACACGUUGAUACAUAUGAACGGUAUUACAUGGGGUUCGGUUCACAUGAACCCGGUUCCUCUCAGAGCAUAAGCGAUGUUUGUGUGAGAGUGUAAAACAUGUAUGAACUGAACUCAUAUAUGACAUAUUAUUUAUAAUUACAAGAUGAAAAUAUUAGCUAGAACUUCCAAAGACGGAUGUCUUUCUCUGGAUGAUAGACAUCUAAAACUUAAAUUGGCAUAUUUAGAAGAAAACGUGUAUCCAGUAUUGGGACAUUUCAGUAUUGUAGUGCAACUUUAAGUGGGAUAGUGAUAUAUGCACAACGCAGUUUGCUGUCCUUGCAUGGACCAAAACAAAUCGUGGAGGAAAUAUAUAAUACAUGUGUACGUAUACGAAUGUGUAUUCUAUCAAAUACAAAUACUGGGCAAGGGCGUGAAAACAUCAUACAUACCAACAUUGUCCCUGUUGUCCCUUGAUCAUAUUUUGAAAGAUUCACGUUCCAACCACACUGCCUCCCACCACCUCACAAGAUUCUUGACCUUCCCCUGAUUACAGUAUUGGUGACGUAUCGUUGAUUUUGUAUUAUAUCGACAAUAAAUGUAUUAUGAUUUUAAA